CUACUACUACUACUACUACUACUACUACUACUACUACUACUACUACUACUACUACUCCUCCUACCUUGGUUCAUUUACUUGGAUCUAGAGAAAGAGAAAAGGGAUUCUCGAAGCCGAGGGAAUCUUUGCUCGACUGAGAAGGAAUACUAUUACGAAGCUACCUUAUAUAUUCGACUACUCAUCGAUCGAUCCAGAGGGUGGUAGUGAAAACAAACCAACAAUCGAAAUCAAGCAAACCUGCACACACACACAGAGAUAUACAUACCAAGUCUUUACAUCCCACCACCGACCACGAACGAAAAAACCCCCCUCAAGACUCACCUCUUCCGCGCCCACCAAACAAAAAACCAUGCCCUGCAAACCAGCCAUAAGCUCCCACAGUCUCGGCCGAGCCUGGUCGCACUCCCUCCCCACCAAACUCGACGCCGCAGCGUCCCACUCCCUCUCCCUCGAACUCUUCCACGAAGAUCUCGUCUACCUCGCCGCCACAUUCCCCGGCGGCCCAACUCCCUCCAACCAACUCCUCGCAGCGCAAACCAUCCGCUCACUGUGUUCCGCCCGCAACAUCUCCAUCAUUUCUCUGCAACCGUUUAUGCACUAUGAAGGACUGCGCGAUCGCGAAUUACACGAGGCGAGAAUUCGCGAGAUGCGGGAUUUGUGGAUUCCUUUGGCGAGGGCUUUGGGGACGAGGGUUAUUGCUGUUCCGUCGAGUUUUUUGGGCGAGGAGGAGUGUGGCGGGGAUGAGGGGGUGAUUGUGAGGGAUUUGAGAGAGUUGGCGGAUUUGGGCGUUGCUGCUGCCUCUUCUUCUUCUGAUGAUGAUGAUGGAAAAGGGGAAGGGGAAGGGGAUAUCAUUUUUGCCUACGAAGCACUCUGUUGGGGAACACACAUCUCCACCUGGGAACAAAGCUGGGAAAUUGUCCAAAAAGUCUCUCGAUCGAACUUCCAAAUUUGUUUUGAUACAUUUAAUCUAGCAGGGAAAGUUUUUGCCGAUCCCAUGCGUCCCGGGGGAAUCAAGAAGAAUGCGGAAGAGGCAAUGGAAGCUACUCUGAGAAGAAUUUUGGAGAGAGUGGAUGUCCGACGGAUUGCGUAUAUUCAAGUUGUGGAUGCGGAACGCUUGAGUACACCAUUGAUUAAAGGACAUGAAUUUUAUCACGAGGAUCAGCCGGCGAGGAUGAGUUGGUCGAGAAAUUGUCGGUUGUUUUAUGGGGAGGAGGAUCGGGGGGCGUAUUUGCCUGUUUAUGCGAUUUUGAAGACGCUGUUGGUGGAUUUGGGGUUUGAGGGGUAUGUUAGUGCAGAGGUGUUUCAUCGGGAUUUGGGGAAAGAUGAUAGGAGUGUACCCGAGGAAUUUGCCCAGAGGGCGAAGAGGUCGUGGGAGAAGAUUGUGGAGGAUUUUGGGCUGGAGAGAGGAGGAGAGGAGAAGGUGGCGGUGGUGGAAGAAGGGGCAGCGGGGAGAUCUGCUGGAGGUGUUGUUGAUCGAUUUCCAGCUGUGGAGGGUGCGGCGGCGAGGGCGCAGUUGUAAUUUUUUUUCUUUUCCCCUUUUCUUUACUGCGAAUAGGGAUGCGAAGAAAGAUACAUUUAGACAAAUCAAGAU